GCUCCUCCGUAGUUUGUCCCUCGGCGGGUGCCAUAGUCUCAGGAAACAUGGCGUCCUCAAUGUCACCGGCGCUCCGGCAAAUGUUGUCUGUGAGGAGAGCGGCGGCGGUACUGCUGAACCCAAACAGGUCACUGAACACUUCCACAUGGAGGCUGGCACAUACCCAAAGUCAAGACACGCAACUCAUCACUGUGGAUGAAAAAUUGGAUAUCACAACAUUGACUGGCGUUCCAGAGGAACAAAUCAAAACGAGGAAAGUCCGGAUUUUUGUUCCAGCUCGCAAUACUAUGCAGUCUGGUGUACAGAACACAAAGAAGUGGAAAAUCGACUUUGAUACCCGGGAGCGCUGGGAAAAUCCCUUAAUGGGUUGGGCAUCAACUGCUGAUCCCUUAUCUAACAUGGUCCUCUCAUUCACCUCCAAAGAAGAUGCCAUUGCUUUUGUUGAAAAGAAUGGAUGGAGUUAUGAGGUUGACGAGAGGAGGAUUCCAAAACCAAAAUCCAAGUCUUAUGGUGCAAACUUUUCUUGGAACAAGCGGACCCGGGUAUCCACGAAAUGAAUUGUUAUUGGCCGUCCGUAAGUCUGACUGUGAGCAAAGUCAGCUGUGCUGUAUUUAUAGAACAAGUAUAAUACAACUCUUAAUCUCCUAAUAAAUAUGACCUUUAAACUACAAA